AUGCGAUCUGCACGCAUAUGCGAUCUGCAAGCAUAUGCCAUAUGCGAUCUGCAAGCAUAUGCCAAAUGCAAGCAUCUGCCAAAUGCAAGCAUUUGCGAUCUGCAAGCAUAUGCGAUCUGCAAGCAUAUGCGAUCUGCAAGCAUAUGCGAUCUGCAAGCAUAUGCGAUAUGCAAGCAUAUGCGAUAUGCGAUCUGCAAGCAUAUGCAUUAUGCGCAUAUGCGAUCUGCAAGCAUAUGCCACCUGCAAGCAUAUGCCAUAUGCGAUCUGCAAGCAUAUGCCAUAUGCGAUCUGCAAGCAUAUGCCAUAUGCGAACUGCAAGCAUAUGCGAUCUGCGCCAUAUAUGCAAUCUGCAAGCAUAUGCGAUCUGCAAGCAUAUGCAAUAUGCAAGUAUAUGCGAUCUGCAAGCAUAUGCGAUCUGCAAGCAGAUGCACGUAUGCCAUAUGCGAUCUGCAAGCAUAUGCGAUCUGCAAGCAUAUGCGAUCUGCAAGCAUAUGCGAUCUGCAAGCAUAUGCGAUCUGCAAGCAUAUGUGUUGUAUCUUACUAAACCACAACUGGAUGGUGGCGUCGGAAGACACCGAUUUGGAAGAGUUUCACCCGCUUAAAUAGCGGAGGAUGCGGCCAUCCCAUGAAUCGUACAGCCAAUUCCGAAAUGGCGCGGUCCAGUCCGGAAUGGCGUACCGUUGAUCCAUGCUUCCAAUCGAUGACGGGGCUCCAGUCGUAGCCUGUGCUACGACCCCCGCCCAUACUUCUGCAAGUAUGGACUUCCGCCUGAGGCGGCGUUUACUUGUAGGCAUCCAUGACAG